AUGUCUUUUUCCACACUCGCCUAGGGGGCUACCUAUUUGUGGUAUCGCUAAUGCUUCUACACGGUUGGUCGGACUUUGAAAAUAUCUCUUACUUUCUUGACUCCUUGUGCAACGUCGUCUUCGGGAUACUGUGAAGCUUCCAUCUCUGCCAAUUCAAAUCGUUCAGCUGUAUCCCUUAUCGUUACCAACUUGCAAGACCAAAUAUGGCUAAUCCACGGCAGCGUCGUAAAGCCAAAUCAUCAACGCAUAAAACUGUAUCACAUUCACGGCGUGCACAAAAGCUCCUGAAGAAGAUGCCAGUGAUACGAGGUCCAAAAGCCUUGCAGCACGCUUGGGAUAAAUCAAAGACAGUUCACCAAAAUUAUGCUGCACUGGGACUUCAGUUCGCUUUGACCCCCACGCAAUCGGGCGGAACAGAGCGGACAUCAAUCCCUCCAAAAGGUUUAGCUGUUGCUGGCUCAGUCUCUGCUACCCCUAAAUCAGUUAAGUCUGGCCCCUCGACUAUCCCCAGAGGGUUUGGAAGAAUUAUUCGAGACGAAUUCGGUACCGUGAUACGAAUCGACGUUCCUGAAUUCGAGGAGAUCCAAGACUCUGUACAAAACACUGAGCUCCCAGAAACGGACGUAGAUGAAAAAAUUAUGGGUGAAUGGGUUGGUUGUCUCAAUAAAACAAAUCUUCCAAAUGACAUGAUUGAUACACGAGGAUUAUCAUCGUCAUCUGGGCAGGGAACAACACAUCCGAUUGUUGCGUUAGAGGAACUGUCGGCCUCGGGCAGGGCAAUUUCGCGGCACUCGUCAUGUGGAGAAAGAUCAUAUCUGGCGCGUUUAAUCCAAAAAUAUGGCGAUAACUAUGAAAGGAUGACAAGAGAUCGCCGUCUAAAUCCUGAACAAAAGACAGUGGGUGAGCUAAAAAGGGCGGUCAGAAAAGCGGGCGGGGUGGAGUCAUUCUGCUGACCGAUAUAUUAUGUGGGCACAUCGCAGACUGACUCAUCUUCACAAUGCAAUACAGGUCUGUAAUUCCUGUGGAUAUUUACAAGAUAUUACUUCUCCAGCACUACAAAGUACGGCAACGAGCUCUCGGUUAAGAGGAGUGCACCGACCCCGAUAUUAAGAACUGUACAUUGUGACUGUCACAUAUGUCAUGAUACGUCACACCGGAACUUCGAAAAUACCCAAGGCUGUGUACGCCCAAUCGGAGCGAAGUUCCAGAGUGAUUGUACGUAUUCGACUAGUAUGCAC